UUGAUACCGAUGAGAAAGGUUUGGAAAGCUAGCUCCACGUAGAGACUAUCGCUAUCAACAACUCUUUUGACCCAUGCUAGCAACUGACUGCAACUUGCAUUUGUAUAUCAAGGUAUCACAAUCUUUCUAAUAUCCAAUAUUUUUUAUAUGCCAAUAUGUAUGUUCUUGUCUUCCAAACAAAAAGUAAAAACAGAAAAAGCUUAAUUAAUUGUAAGUUUUUGGGUAGAAAUAGAAUGUUUUUCGUCAACUGCGUCGGUAUGAGUGAGACAGGGGGUCUCAUAUUACUGAAUUCAAAUCGUCCAAAUUGGUGCAUUGGAUAAUCUGAGAAAACUUCUUUUAUGCUGUGGAACAGAAGGUAAGCUUACUCGCAAUCUUGUUUUGUCUUUCCAGAAUCGUGUUUUUUCUCUUUGAUAUACUUCAGGUUUUAUGUUCAACUGGUGAGUUUUGCCUUGCCUGUACUGACUAUAUUCAAAUUGAUUGUUCUGUGUAGUAACAGCAAUUAACUAUUCUUCGUACUUAAUUAUGUAUCUAGAUAACUGUACUAUAAAAGCAUAACUUACUGCAGGUUGUAAAAAAUCCUGCUCUAAUAAACUUGCAUAGCAUCUGCUUUUAAUGUGUGCAGGAAUUCCUCGGUAUCCCAGUGUGUACCCAGCAAUGGUGAGGCCAAUAUAUCCUCUGCGACCUGUGGGGAUGGUUGGCAUCAAUCCAGCAUUGAUGCGCCCUCCUGUUCCCGGGGUACGUGGUCCAGUCAUCACUCCUGUUAUUAGACCAGGUGGGAUUCCAAGUGUUACACCUGCAGAGAAACCGCAAACAACAGUUUAUGUAGGCAAGAUAGCAUCAACAGUAGACAAUGAUUUCAUCCUCUCUAUCUUGAAACUCUGUGGACCUGUUAAGAGCUGGAAACGUCCUCAAGAUCCAACAUCUGGGGCUCUAAAAGGCUAUGGGUUUUGUGAGUUCGAUUCUGCUGAGGGGAUUCUUCGUGCAAUAAGGCUGCUGAGCAAAUUAAAUGUAGAUGGACAACAACUUAUGUUAAAUUUUAAUUCAGCAACUAAAGAAUACCUGGAGCGUUAUGUCGGAAAGAAAAGGGAAAAUAUUAAAAACUCUGAAGAAGUUGGGACUGAGGGGGUUCAAGAGGCUGAGGAAGUAAGUGCAACAGGUAGUGAGAAAGGUGGCUCUUCAGAAUCUACCCAAUUGGAGUCUAAAGAAGAGAAGAUUACUGACCAAAAAGAUGAAGACAUCACUAAAUUUGGUCUUGUUACCAAUGAAGAUAGGGUAGCUGAUCGAGAGGCUUUGGAGAAACUAAAUGGCAUAAUAGAAGAAAGGUUGAAGACACAUCCAUUGCCACCACCACCCCCACCCCCACUAGUGGCUACUGACGGUUCUGUUACUUCAAAUACAGAAGUCAAGGACGGGUCGAGGGAAGAGAACUCAGAUGUGGAUAUGGUGAAAAGUGUGGAUGUAGCAGAAGAGAAAACUGAGGAGGAUGUGAAAAUUGCAAACAGAACUCCUAAUGAUCAUGAUAAACUGGAUACAAGCACGCCUGACAGGAACAGAAAAAAUGAUAGGAGUAGAGAUCGAGACCGUGAUGUUACAAGGGAAAAGGAAAGGGAACUUGAGAGGAACGAGAGAGACAGAGAGCAAGAAAGAGCUAAAAAAGACAGAGAAAGACAAUACAAGACUCGAGAGGAUGAGCGUCGAUAUAUGGUUCGUGUCAAGGAUUGGGAAUCUCGAGAAAAAGAUAAGGAUCGUUUACGAAAGCAGGAGAGAGAAAGAGAAGAAGAAAGGGCGGAGGAGCGGAAAUAUGAAAUUAUAGAUGAAGAGCGUGAAGGUGAUGAUGGUUAUAACAAGAAGCGGAAACACAGAAGCAGUGGGGAGGACAGGAAAAGGAGGCAAAGAGAGAAGGAAGAUGACAUUGCAGACAGGUUAAAAGAAGAGGAAGAAAUUGCAGAGGCCAAGAUCAGGGCCGAAGAAGUUCGGAAGAAGCAGAAACAAGAGCAAGAAGAGAAUAUGAGGCUUUUGACUGCUUCCACCACCAAAAAGAAUGAAGAAGCUGUUUUACUGACUGAUGAAGCCAUUGCUGAAAGCAAAGAAAAAGUCUUUGACAUGUUUUCCAACGGUGAUUCAGAGCAUGAAAACCAUAUGACUGAACGGAUCGCACUUAACGGCACUGGCGCUGAAAUAUGUGCAAAUUCUGUUGCUGCAGUAGAUACACAGCAGAACAGUAAUGCACAAAGUAGAAAGUUGGGCUUUGGUCUUGUAGCAUCUGGAAAACGAACUGCAGUUCCUUCCGUUUUUUUGAAGGAGGAAGAUGAGGAUGCACAGAAGGAGAAAAAGAUGCGGCCUCUGGUUCCCAUUGACUACUCAAAUGAUGAACUCCAGGCAGUCCAACAUGAUCCUUCUGGGGGACCGGCUCCAAAUUUGGCGGCGGCAGCCGAAUUUGCAAAGCGUAUUACAGGUGUUAGCACCAAAGAAGAGAAACCUGACCCUGAGAAAGAUAGAAUUAGACGUUCACAUGAUCGUGACAGUCAUCGCAAUAAACACGACAGCAGAAAGGAGAAUGACAGGGACCGGGAACGUGUAUCGGAUAAAGUAAAAUUACCAGAAAACCGGAAGCUGUUGGAUGCCAAGCAAUUGAUUGAUACAAUUCCUAAGACAAAAGAUGAAUUGUUCUCAUAUGAGAUAAAUUGGACCGUUUAUGAUAAGAAUCAACUACAUGAGAGGAUGAGACCCUGGAUUUCUAAGAAGAUUACAGAGUUUUUGGGCGAGGAAGAGACCUCGCUGGUAAACUACAUUGUGUCUACCACUCAGGAACACGUAAAUGCAUCUGAGGUGCUGCACAGGCUUCAGUCUAUCCUUGAUGAUGAGGCUGAGAUGUUUGUGCUGAAGAUGUGGAGGAUGCUUAUAUUCGAAAUCAAAAAAGUAGAGACCGGGCUUGCUGGGAGAGUCAAGGUUUGAUAUUAUUUGUUGCACAAUUGUUGUUUAAAAGUAUUUUUGUUUUUGAAACAAUUUCAUUAUUAACACACUUUCCACGAGGAUGUAAACUGUUCUUGAAGCAUGUAACCUUAGAUCUUAUUAUAACAAUUUUGUUUUAUUUGGAACUAAUGAUACAGGUUAAAAGUUA